AUGACCUUUCUAGUUCCAAAUAGAAAAAAGAAAUGCCCAAAUAAACAAACAUAUCUAUCUAUCUAUCUAUCUAUCUAUCUAUCUAUCUAUCUAUCUAUCUAUCUAUCUAUGUUUUAUCGUUUUGUGUUUACGAUAUUUCUUUUUUCUUUCUGUUAUCUUAAUUUAUUUCCCAUUUUCUUUCGCAAUUUUCAGUUGUCUUUAUUUAUUUUUAUUCUUUUAUAUAUAUAUCAUUUUAUUUCUUUAUUUUCUUUUGUUUUUACGUUUAUUUCUUUUUCUUUUCUUCCUCUUAUCUUUCUUUCUUUUCUUCUUGCUUUCAUUUUUCCUUUCUUUCUUCUUUGUUUCCAUAUUUGUAGUUUUUCUUCUGUCUACGUUGCAUUGGAUUUCUCUCUUUUGUUUUUAUCGACAUUUAUUUUUUCUUUCUUUUCUCUCUUGCAUUUGCCUUUCUUGUUGAUCACUAUGUUUCUUAUUUUAUUCAGUUUAUAUUUCAACGGAUUGCAUUCUUUUGUUUUUGUUUUCGUAUGCUUCUUCUUUCUUUUCUUUCUUCUCUUCUUUAUUUUCAUCUCUUCUUCUUUUUCUUUGAUUCUUCUUUUGUCCAUUUUCUUUUCUUUCUUUCCUUUUUCAUUUUUUCACUGUAACCAUUUCAAAUUUUCUUGUUACUUCCUUUUUGUCUUCCUUUUUUCAUCAUCUCUUUGUUUUUCUAUUCGUUCAACAUUAUACUCAAGCAUCAGGAUCAUGGCCGUCCUCAUUGUGAUUUAUUUCCUUCUAUACGAAAUGGCAUCUCGAAUGACGGCAUCAAUCCAUCAUGGCUGUAGCAUAAAACCUCUCAAGUAA